ACGUCCUGGAUCGUGAAAGUGACCAAGUGGGGAGCAGAGCGACAUACACAACACACACAUAACACACAGAGCGCGCUUGCAUGCGCGCACAUCGUCUCGUACGUCUGUUGACAACCCAUCGGACAGACUCGGGCAUCGCAAACAGCAAAGGUUAAAAGAGAAAAGAAGGGUUGCAACUGAAAUUUUGGCUCAUUCUGCUGUUGCGAUGCAAGCAAGUGCCUAGCUGCAAAAGAGUUGCAGCAAUUUACAGGAACACAAGGGGAAUGAGGAGGACAUUCUGCCGAGUGUGAGAUCCGGAACCCCCGCUCAGCAAACAACCCCAGUGGAUCAGUGGCGACAGGAGCGCCGGGGUCCAUUUCAAGUUUCGACGAGGCAGUCUCGGAUCAAAAGUGUGUUUUUGGUAAAAGGAUACCGUUGAGACCUUUGCGAGGAGUCGCACCCAGGACAAGGACAGGCAAAAAUAUAUAUAUUUAUACCAAUACUGUCGGAGAACAGUGAUCGGCGACGAUGGCGAUAAGGAACUCGCUUUGGAAAUACUAUUUGGGAGUUUUGUGCGUUUUCUGCAGGGUGGCUGUAUCAAACUGUGAAAUAUUGGCACCUAUAUAUUGGAAUUCCUCAAAUCCCAAGUUUCUACCUAGUAAAGGACUGGUGAUGUACCCGCAGAUAGGAGACAAACUGGAUAUUAUCUGCCCUAAGGUGGACUCCAGGAUUACUGGACAGUAUGAAUACUUUAAACUGUACAUGGUGUCAAAAGAUCAAGCAGACAACUGCAAUGCUGUGCCCAGCCCUACACCAUUACUCAAUUGCAACAAGCCAGAUCAAGAUGUCAAGUUUACCAUCAAGUUUCAGGAGUUCAGCCCUAACCUCUGGGGACUGGAAUUCAAAAAACAUGAGGACUACUACAUUAUUUCAACAUCAAAUGGUACUUUGGAAGGACUGGAAAACCGGGAAGGAGGAGUGUGUCAAACCAAAGCCAUGAAACUUAUAAUGAAAGUUGGACAAGAUGCAAAUUCUAUGGAACGAAAUGAAAAAGCAACCAGUGUUCCUGGAAAUGGACGAGAUGGCACCACGAGCAAGCCCACCCAAAAGACUGAGAAUGAAGGCGGGACACACUCAUUGAGUAGUGACAAUAAAUCUUCCACUCCACCCAAGGAUUCGGGUGAGAGCAAGUUCCUCAACUCCGAUGUGGCCUUAUUUGCAGGCAUUGGAUCGGGCUGUGUGAUCUUCAUCAUCAUCAUCAUUAUGUUGGUGGUUCUGCUGCUGAAAUACAAGAGGCGACACAGAAAACACUCUCCGCAGCAUACCACCACUCUAUCACUCAGCACGCUGGCCACCCCUAAGCGGGGAGGUAAUAAUAAUGGUUCUGAACCCAGUGACAUUAUCAUUCCAUUAAGGACUGCAGACAGCGCCUUUUGUCCACAUUAUGAAAAAGUCAGCGGAGACUAUGGACAUCCUGUGUAUAUCGUCCAGGAGAUGCCACCACAGAGCCCGGCAAAUAUAUACUACAAAGUCUGAGAUAAGAGGACAGAAGCUAGUUUGGGAUCCUGAAGAAUACUCUUGGCCUGUUGCAACCUGGGUCUUCUGCUGAAAUUAGUGGUGACUCUUUCUCUUUGCACCAGGAUUGACUUUAAAUAUGUUGGAGAAUUAAAGGGGAAAAUGGAAGCUUUGCAGGAAAUUCAGCUGAAGAGAGAGCUGGUUAGUGUCUAUGGUUUGUGUAGGAAUCUGCUUAAAGUUAAAUACCAGGAGCAGGAAGUUGGAGGACAGUUGAGUCAGGGACUCAACCAAACUGUUCCACCUUCUACUUUCACCAUUAAUUUAUGGACCACAUUGUUACAAACAUACCAGGAAGCAAAAUGCAAAUAGAUGUUUGAACUAUCUAUCACUGUAUUUAUAACCAAUAAGGUUUUACGCUUUGGAUAUUCAGCAAUAGAAAAUAGUCAGUCUGUACUUUCCCUAGACUGUUAACUUUUAUAUUAACCGGAUUUCAUAAAUCCACCUCUGUCCUUGUUCUUGUGCUUUUGAUUUUUACUCCCUCUUAUUGUUUUCCUGCUACCAGUAUUACUUAUUAACCUGAAGGCCACUUUGCCUUCGAACACAAUCACUAGAACUUCAGGAACUUUGUAGAACGUACCACAACACUAACCUUAAUUAAACAUCCCAGUCACCAGUGGUAGUAGACACACAGCAGCUACAUUUUAAUCAGUUAUACAGAAAGAUGUGGGGACACAUUACAAAUGAGCAGGAGACUACGAGUUUACCUGUGACAUUUAACUGCAUUUGCAGUUGUAUGCUGCUGCCUUUUUGAAUCUGAGAAGGAAGUGUAGAGAUAUAGAUUAUUUAGGGAGCACUUUGGUACUAAAAGUUCCAAGAUGUAGACUGGUAGACAUGGUGACAAGCACAGUGCUGUAGGGCUGCACUUUAAAUGAACUAAAAUAAUUAUUUUGAGCAAAACUGAUAGAGAGAGGAAAAAAGUGAAAUGCCUCAAUAUGCAUGAUGCAUUAUUUGAGGUAUUAAAGGGAAGGGCCCACAUCAGUGAAUAAGGGCAUCAGUGGGGCUAGUUCAUGAUGCUCUUAAGAACAGUGCAACAGUGAUAUUGACACACUGAGGAAAUAUACUGCCUUACAGUUUGAAUCCUUUAAUGCUUUGUAUGAAUAGACUGUGGAGCAGUCUCCGUAUUACAUGGUACAGCUUCUCGUACUGUAGCUGGCAUAGCUCUGCAGCUUGAGUGACCUUUAAGGGUUAUCCUUGAAAUACUCAUUAGACAAAAAAAAAUACUCUACAUAAAGUGGACAAGGGAGUAGAAGGAACCAAGUGAUUAAAUACCAGACCUGGUCAGUAGGUUAUUAUGGGUCAAUUUUUGUAGUCAGAAUUGCUCUGUAAGUAUGCAUUGUGGGUGGGUGAAGACCAUUUGAACAUUAGACUAUCUGGAUAAUCAGAACACAGCCGCAAAAUGUUUGGACAUUUGCCUCUGGGAAUGGAAUCUAGUUUCCAUAAAUAUAUGACUAAAAUAGAGUCCUCAUAAGACUUCUUAAACAACAAAAGAUGAAAAUAAGUCCUGCUUCAUAUUUGCAAAGAACUAAAGGACUUUUUAGCCCUGAUCUAUUUAGUGUACACUUGAGCCUAAUUUUAAGAAAAUACUUUUAAAACAAUAGUGGCCUGGUAUUGUCAGUGUCUGUUUCAAAAUCAUCUUCAGUCCUGGGGUGAGCUGCAGCACAGAGCGUGUUAUUAAUCUCCAUCCUGUGAUAUCCUGCAGCUUAAAAUUCAAAGAUCACACAGAAGUAGCUGUAUGAAAAGUCGGUCUCAGGAAUCCCAAAAGGGAACCUACAAAAUGGUUGCCCAACCUAAUCCUUGAACCUGAAAAUUAUGUUAGCAACAAAAGUGAGGCACUUUUGCAUAUACUUAGGCCGUUGCUAUGGUGAUGAAGUACAUUACAUGUGCGUCUGAUUCUCUACCAUUUCCAUGCAAAGUGUUAUUUUUGUGGGCCUUUGGGACAAUGACAUAUUAGCAGAGACACUUCUCGGUUGUACAAGAUCGUGUUUGUUCUUUAUGAGGUAUUUUAUGGGUUAUCUGCGUCUGGCUGUGUUGUCAUUUUAAAAUAGACUGUGUGAAUGGCAGGUGAAUUUCAAAUUUAAAAAUAAAACUAAUGUGGGAGUUGACGGGAUUCCUGGUUUAUAGAAUGUGCAGUGGUUGUGUCCAAUGUAGAGUAAGGCACUUUAAACUGAUCGCUUAUGGUUCGUCUUACUCAGCUCCAUCCCUCCCAAAACUAAUGUCACUAUAACUGCCUUGCAGACACAAUCAUCCCUCUCACCUGGUUUUAGAAGUUGCACCACACAGUAAACUGAUGCUAGUUGUGAAGCUGUAAAUACGUUGGAUAUUUUCGUGUAUAAGGAUUUGGGCAGGGCAGGAGGAGAGAGUUAAAAUAGCCUUAUCCACCUUUUUAGUAACAGAAGUUCACAAUAGAGCAUGAACCUGAUUUUUCCCUCAAGUAAAAUGUUUUGUGUAAAUAGAAGAUUUUUUUUAAAACAAAUUCUAAGGAGGAUGUUUUGUAUAAAAUCUGAACUUUUUGCAACGUAUUUUUAGCUAUAGCUUGUUUUCAAGGCAGUGUCAUUCCCCUUUGCACUGUUUAAAAAUGGAGAUAAAAGAAAAUUGGUAAAUUUACCAAAUUGACCACUGCAUAUUUGUGCCAUGAAUAUUUAUUUAAUUGUUCCUUUGUCCAGUUUGUACACACAGUAUUAUGCUUGCUUUAUAAAUAUUGAAUGUUGCUUUUCCUCAUGUUCCCCCCUUUUUGUAAUCUGUUCUUUCAAUCAUCUUUUUCUGAAGUGUUUAAUUUUCACCUUCGCUCCCCUGCUGUCCAAGAAAAAACAAACAAAAUUAAAAUCACAUUCCACUAGUCUGUUACAAACUGAAAUUGUUUUUAAAUAAAAGAUUUUUUUUCCUAUGG